AUGUGGCCGAUAUGUUUCUUCAUCGUGGCAUUCUGGCCGAUCUUCGUACAUUCUCUCGCACCCACAGACGAGAUUCAAGAUGCCGAUCCAGCUCAGUCAGGCUAUCUCGAUAACCAUAACAUGCAACCGACCAUCGUUGGCUCUCAAAACUUCGGAAUAUUAUGGCAAAAUACUUACGGUGCCAAGGAGAAAUGGUAUGCGAAGCCACUUGUGUACACCCCGCCUGGUGGGACCCAGCUUGUUUUCCUGGCUUCCUCUAUGAAUGUCAUUCGAACCCUCGAUGCUGUCAACGGGACCAUGUUGAAUUCUCGUACCGUCCAACCGCCUUUCCUGCAAAGCGACAUCGGCUGUACGGACAUUCCUGACUACAUUGGUAUUACGGGUACACCGAUCAUCGACGCCAGUGUAAACACGGCGUACUUUUUCGCCAAAGGCUACAAGAAUGGAGCCUCAUCUGGUGGCGUGGCAAAUGGUGAGCAUCAGAAAGGCGAGUUCCCUGGGUCUCUUUAA